ACCUUUGAUGAGUGUGUGUCAUCGGGGGGGUCGGACUGUGCUCCUGAUAAGCUGUGGCUGCAGAUCCCCUUCUUCUGCGGACACCAUUCAGAGUGCUGGGAUGCCGGCAGUAGAUGGUCCCUGGAGCAGGCCAAGUACAAUCUGGUGAACGAGUACCUGCUGGUGGGGGUCACUGAGGAGCUGGAGGACUUCAUCAUGAUCCUGGAGGCCGUGCUGCCUCGCUUCUUCAAGGGAGCCACGGAGCUCUACAGAACAGGCAAGAAGUCCCAUUUACGAAAGACCUCUGAAAAGAAGCCCCCCAUCAAAGAGACGAUCGCCACGCUGCAGCAGUCGGACAUCUGGAAAAUGGAAAAUGAGUUUUACGAGUUUGCACUGGAACAGUUUCAGUUUGUGCGCGCUCAUGCCGUCAGGGAGAAAGACGGAGAGCUGUACGUCCUGGCUCAGAGCUUCUUCUACGAGAAGAUCUACCCCAAAGUCAGCUAAGAGCCGGAGGGGGGAGGGGUGGGGGGCGCAC